CACAUUUAGGGAUUACAGAACUUAAGACAAAGAAAUGUGUUGACUUGACCACAUGUGGAAAAUAAGGUAACACGGGGCGUAUUUACGGCACUUUCGGGCCACCGUAUUUGUUUGGUCUUACAAAUUAAUUUAAGUUAAAUUCCAGAAACAAAACUCACCCGCCUCUUCUUAUCCAUACAGUCGUAAUAAAUGUUGACAAAUUCUUCUGAAUAUCUGCAUGACUGGUCGGCAUGAGUCCUGAAAUCCUGAAGAGAUAACUACGUAUUACUCAAAGCUGGACACGGUGAUUUAACGUGUGUUUUUUGGAAACGGCAUGGAAAAGCUUACCAGGGUGGUUGCCAUAUGAACGGAUAAAUUAUUGGAAACAACUCAAAACAAAAAUAUUACAAAAAGACUGGGAAAACUUCACAAUUCAGACUUCUUUUCUUCUCUUGUUAUUCCUUUAGCAACCAACACAUUUCUAUCACACUGGGUAUUACUUCCUCGGGGCACCAACUCUGCCUACCAAAAUAAGAUGUCAGUACAAUCUUUCAGACUCAUUUAUGCUUCUCUCUUCCGAGUUCCACUUUCAUGUGGUGUUUUUUACAUUUUAAGGAAACAAUAGUGGUAGUAAAUGUUGACUGUAUGGACAAUAAUACGGAAGUGGCGUGGCAAAGUCAGUACCAUUUUGGUGAUGGAGUUUUAGUUUGAAAAGAAAAGGUCAACCAGCGCGGAAAGAGAGCUCAUAAUUUCCUGAGUCAUUGCUUCUGUGGUUUAUUAAACGAAAUAACUAAAGAGUAUCCUCAGUAAGCUUUAAUAUAUUUAUUUGGACAUUUAGCUAUAUUUUAAGAAUGGAGGGGUCGGUGUCCAAUGUGGAGGUGUGUAACUUUGCUUACACGGGGCAGUUUGAGAAAUUAAAACAGUGCAUCCUGUCAGAUAAAACGCUUGCCUGCAAAACAGACCAGGACCGGAGAACCGCGCUGCACUGGGCUUGUUCUGCUGGACACACCGAUAUUGUGGAGUUUCUUCUUGACAUGGGAGUUGAAGUGAACCUGCAAGAUGAUGCUUCGUGGACCCCUUUGCACAUUGCAGCAUCUGCAGGCAGAGAAGACAUUGUAAGAUCUCUGAUAUCCAAAGGAGCUCAGCUCAACUCAGUUAAUCAAAAUGGAUGCACCCCUCUGCACUAUGCCGCCUCCAAAGACAGAUAUGAGAUUGCCCUGCUGCUGUUGGAAAAUGGAGCAGACCCCAAUGCUACUGACAAGCUGGACUCUACGCCUCUUCACAGAGCAUCUGCCAAGGGCAACUACCGGCUCAUCCAGCUGCUUCUCAAACAGAGUGCAUCAACAAAUAUUCAGGACUCACAGGGCAACACACCUCUCCAUCUUGCAUGCGAUGAGGAGCGUGUUGAAGCAGCCAAGUUGCUGGUGGAACAUGGAGCGAGCAUUUACAUUGAGAACAAGGAGGAGAAGACCCCGCUCCAGAUAGCAAAGGGCAGUCUUGGGAACAUACUCCGUCGGAUCGUGGAGGGAUGAUGCUUUGUCUGACCGACGCGUCUUGUUCCAGCUCAAAUCCCCACCACCAACCCCCAAGUUACAUUCUAAGAUUUCCCAUCCCGCUCAGUCCUCCUUAAGCGGUCCGUGUGGAAGAUGAGAUGAUGGACUCAGAUGGUGCUUUGAGACUGCACAGAUCUUAUUUGUUGUCUGAGCACAGGUUUUCAAACCCCACAGGCUAUUUUCUAUUAAAUUUGAAUUGUAAUGUAAAACAUGAAGUUCAACCUGUUAAUAAAUGUGCUGUUCAUGAAUGACGUA